AUGAGUUCCAUCAGUAUCAAGCAAGAGAACUCUGUUGAAAAUUACAGAAUGUAUUCUUCUUCUGAGGAAUACGGAAAAUAUAAAGUCGAACAACAUCAGCAUCCUCUACAAAUGGUUGAACCACAACAAGUUGUGCAGAAUAACGAAGAAAGUGUCCAAGUUGUGCCUCACAGUGAUAAAGGACCGGAUAGUCCAACCACUCCAGCGUCAGGAGCACUUUCAAAGACCACAUACACCUGUAACCAUUGCGCUAAAAAAUACAAACACCGAAAUUGUCUAGUCAAGCAUUUGUGGGAACACCACGAAAGUUGGGAACUUUGUCUCAAGUUUAAUCUGACAAAGCACCAGCAAGUUCAGAUGAUGGAG